AAAGCCACCACGAUAAAGAAGCCAGUAAUGCUUAGCAGUAUGAAUCGAGUACUAAUUCUGGUUUUGCUACUUAGCUGUGACGCACUGGUGCUCGGUAACUUUGACGAGAAUGCAGCAGUCACAGUUCCUGCAACAGCAAAUAACAGCCGCACUAAGAGCAAUGUUCCUGUAUCUUUAAGUAAUAUUAGUCUUAAUGUAAAUCUAAAUGCAACCACUCAAUUGCCGCUGGUAGCCAAGGACUUUAUCACUGCCAAUGUAAAUGCGCUUCCAUUGCUGGUGCCAGCCUCGGUAGCCGGAGUUUCCGCUGCACCACAAAAAGUGCCUUUGAGACGCAAUGCAACGGAGCCUAGCAAUAUUGGAUCUAUCGGAGUCUCUUCGUCUUUUGGUCAAACAACAGCCAGCGUGUUUUUUGCAAAUUACAAUAAUCAACAAAAUGUGCUGGAAGUGGUGCGUAAUAUUGACGCGCGAUUGCGGAUUAUACGCAAUGUAGAAAUGCGCGUUGCCACAAUACAGGAGCUAUUUGAUUCCGUGCAUUUUAGCAGCAAUGGCGUAGCGGCUAGCAUAGGCGCUUUAAAAAAUAAUAGUGAAUCAUUCUACAAGUCUGCGUCGGCAACACUGCAACAUGACCUUCAGAUAUUCAGCAAACGACUUGCGAAGAAGCUGCAAAAGUCAACGCACGUGGUGCUGGAAUUGCGAGAUUUUUUUCGCUUCAACAUUACAAAAGUGCUGCUGCAACAGCAUCUCCAAGCAGCUGAAUAUGGGGACAUAAACGACGAAGCCGAAUCGGAGGAAGAAGAUGCUGAUGCAGAUGACGAAGAUGAAGAUGACCGGAGUGAAGAUGAGAGCGAGGAAGACGAAUUCGAUUUAGCAAUCGAUGAUUUAGAUGGUUUAAUUGCUACUGGGCAUGGAGUACGCAAUCUGCAUAUGUAUUUGCACACUUGCAUACAGACAUUUCAACCAACUGCCAGCGAAACUAAAAGAAUUAUCGCAACCGAAUUGAAUUACAACAGACAGCAAAUACAAAUAUUAAACUAUCUUAAGACUGAUUCAACAGUAACACCGGCUCAUAAAUCAAAGUACUAUCAACAGUUUGAUAGGAACAAUUAUUUCAUGGAUGAAGGUUCCUUUGAGGCGCGCGCCAAUGCGUACAUACUCGAGAAAUUACAAGCACUUAAGAGUGCACUAAUGAAAAGCGAUUUCUUAAUUGAAGCUCCUAAAAUGUCUGCAAACGUACGCAGUACGGCCUCAACCACAUCUGCAACUAACUCGAAACUAAAAUUCCUAGGAAACCACUUUAAACAUAUCUAUUUUCUAUCGCGUAGUGAUAAUGCUGAAGAUAUGCGAACACACUAUUAUGCAGAGACUUACUUCCAACAAUUAUAUGUUUCAUCUAUAAAGAAUAAGUAUGUUUUUCUACUACUGGAUGUGGGAUCUGCAAUGAAUAUGGAGUUAUUAGAGCUUACGAAGGCCUUAGCAACCAGUAUUCUGCAACUGCUGUCGCCAACCGAUCUUAUUUCCGUGACAACAGUUUCCGAUGAAGCACACAUAGUGCAAUUCGAUUCCUACCCUAAUGAGGCAUCAAAUAGUGUAUUUUACGCGACACGCGCCCGUAAAGAGGAGAUUCUUAACUACAUACACUCGCUUGUUGUGACGAAAGGCCAAACGAAUCACUCUCUGGGCUUCGAAUAUGCAUUUAAGUUGAUUCAUCAACUUCAGAAUAGCAGUGUGAUCACGGAACAGAAUCCCAUACAAUUCGUGUAUGUGACCCGUGGUCUACUCACUAAUCUAUCCGAUACAAUGCACGUCCUUCAGGUGAUUUCCAACGGCCAGCGUAAGUUGAUUGAUCCGAUUGUGAUACACACUUGCGCUGUGGUCACUGAUGAAAAGCGUAUAAUGUAUGAGAAACAGUUUCUUGCUGAUAUCGCAACACAAAACUAUACAAAGUACAAAAUACCAGUAAACGAAUGUUGCGAAAAUGAUGCGGAGCAACAGCAAUUGAUAGGAAAGUUUUUUGUACUUACCAAAGCGCAAAUAGAGGAUGUGAUGCGGUUAAGUGUUGCAUUAUUUCAGCACAUAUUCAGGGAACGAUACCUGAGCGAAAGUCUGGAGGUCCAACUGCCCGUGGUUGAGCCAAAUAGCCAAGACGCAAUUAUAUCGGUCACGCAUGCGGUACCCCCUUUUGGCAUAGUGGGCGUGAAUCUUUACUUAGCUGAUUUGAUUGAAGAUGUAAUCAGUUACGGAGAGCCAACGCAAAAUACUAAUAAAAACGAAUUCAAUUACGCCUUUCUCAUCGAUCGUAGUGGCAUAACUAUCGCACACCCAGCUUUUCCACGGCCUAUGGCGCAGUAUCAGACACCCUUUCCUGUGGACAUUGGCUUCUUGGAAAACUCUACAGAUUUCACUUAUACAAGAAGACGCAUGUUGCACGAUGAAAGUGGAAAUUUGACGACGAGCGUUUAUUUGACAAGGGACCGGAAGAUCGAGUAUUUUGAACGCAUUUACCACUGGCAGUCCAUACUGGGUAUCUACAUACUAUGCCUCGUAUCCACUUAUAAGCUUGAAAUAUCCUCCACUAACUCAUCAGCGCCAACGAGCACUGACAACGCAAUAAGGUUAACUAAUCUACAAGCAUCAUCAAGUCUUCCGCUCUCUCUGCAGCGUUUCUCUGUACCUAAGGACAAACUGCCACGGUUCCAUCACAAUGAUUACGAGUAUCUGUCGAGCAUGGAGCUGCUCUAUCAUCGGCUGGACUUGGUGUCCCCACCUAACGGACAUACUUGCCGCUACUUUCGUCAAGUGGGCACUAUGGAUGCGCCUACACUCUUCUUAAGCGCGUCAGCUUUCAUGUCUCCGUUUACUUUUUUGCACAAUAACCGCGUUAAUUCACCACGGGACCAAAUACGUACUGUUGAAAGUAUAAUGGCCUACUUGAAAGACACCACCGGUCUCCUAGCCAACCCAGGCCUUCGCCCACAAAUUCGACAGGAGGUGAAUGCGCUCUAUAAUGCCAUGCAGCAUUUGAAAAAGCGUCAUCAAGACGCGCGUGGCACACUGAAGAAUCACAUAAUACGCCGUUAUAUCGCCACUGUGAAUGGUGUGCUGCAAGUCUACCCCGGCUGUCUGCUUAGCUCUAAUUAUGACCCCACUAGGCGUCCGUGGUUCCGAAAGGCUUUACAGCAGCCCGGUAAAAUUAUUACAACAGAGCCCUAUUUAGAUGCUGGCGGCGCGGGCUAUAUCAUCACAAUCGCACACACAAUUUUUGAGGGAAAAUCGAAUGCUUUACACUCUGUCGAACGCGAUCAACCGGUGGCCAUUGUUGCGUUGGACCUACCCUACGCUUACUACUAUAAAAUGAUACUUGACUCGACCCCACUUUGCCAAAUGAAGCACAUCAAGUGUUUACUAUUCGAAAACGAAGGCUAUCUUAUAGCGCAUCCUAGCAUGCUGGAAUCUAGUUCUCCGCUUCGCAAUCAACGCCGACCCCACGAGCACCUCACGCACAAGGAAUCGUAUUUAGCAAACGAUAUCCUCAAUCACAAGACACUGGUGCGGAAAUUGGCAUGCGCCAACUACCAGAACCGCACGCUCCAACGUUACUAUGUGUUCAACACAUCGCUGGGCGACAUCCUGACGAAUGUUGUGCACGGCGAACGCACAAAAUAUGCAAUAGCGUUGGUGUAUGGAAGCAAUAUUUUCGCUGCUGUACUGAAUUCGACUUGCGAUGGCGGCGCCUUCUGUCCCUGCAGCACUAUUGAUCGCGUGUGUUUGAAUUGUAAUCGUAUGGACCAGAUGGACUGCGAGUGUCCGUGCGAGUGCCCCAUGGAAAUGGAAGCCUUCAAUAGCGUGAUUGGUGCCAGCCUCUCCGACACUUCAGAAUCGACUGUGGAACGCUUUAUCAACUACACCCAACAAUUUGCGUAUUGCGAGCCGCCAAGCGAGCAUUUCAUUGCGCUGCCGCCUGUAAGCGCAGAGCAUCAAAUGCUGCCUUCUUGCGUGAACAUCAACUGCGAUGUUUAUGGAACGCAGAGCGAGUGUCUGGCAGUGAUGGGUUGUGAGUGGUGCCAGCAAGAUGUGGACGGCAAUAGCUUUUCCGCUUCUUUUUGCGCUGCCCAAGCGUCUUGCUUUAAUGGUGUGCUGUCCUCGCUUACACCUUAUGGAGAUUUAGACGAUGUGGACAUAAUUGCUGCCCAUAGCUAUAAUCCCAGUCAAAAACCGAAUGCCUACUCCGCUUUCGGACCUGUCGGUGGUGCUAUUAUUAUCCUAGGCAUCGUUAUUGGCUUUGCUAUUUAUUGUUACCGCCACAAUAUGGACUCGCAAUCGCAGGAGCAGUUCUACGUUGACUCCAUGCAAGAAGAGAAUUAUGGACUUCCCCUAUCUCGCUUCAACUUUGACGACUGCGAAGCACAUGACGAACCACCCGGUGGCAAUGGUGGUUACGAACACCCAUCGGCACAGCGCAACCUAAUACAUCCCGCCGAUAUUUCACCUUACCACAUGUCCACUGGCAGCAGUUACCGACGACCGCCCAAUGGCGAAUCGGACCAUGGCUACUCCACAAUGACGCCACAUGAAGACUCAUCAGAUCAUCAGUGCUUUGCCUUGGCGGAGCCGUUGUUGCUGCACGAUAAACGCAACAGCAAAUCAGACACUAUGUCCAUAUCAACUUCCAUAUCGAGUCCAACAAAUCGCCACCAUCAACCGCAAUAUCAAAAUCCAUACCUUAACCAUCCACCGCCAGCGCCCACGCAAGCAAAGGAGAUGGCGGCGGCAGCGGUAACGCGCUAUCAAAUAAACUCGCCCAAGAAGUAUCAGCAGGUGGCAACAUCAGCACGAUAUGUGUUCGAUGGAGGGCCUGUUUAUGGGCAAACAACUUUGCCACUGAACGACUCGACGGAGGACAGUGUGGUUGCACCGCGUUACAUAUUAGCGCCGGUGACGGUUCAUCGACACAUGGAGCCGACCGAAACGUAGUUCCGUAGACUGUUUGUGCAUUUUAGUAGAGUUAAUCGCAUCACAUGUUUUAGUUUAAGUUUUAAAGAAAAUUAUAAGCACAAGGAAUUGUUUGAUUAACACAACUGAAAGGUUUUGUAGCACCAAAUAAAAAAUAAAAGUACAUAUACAUAUGUAUUAUGAAUCAGAUGUACAUCUAGCGAAAAACAAGUACUUCCAAACGCCUUUGUGUUAAGCAAAUAUUUUUUGUGUGCAUGUUCAUUAUUUUAAUGCAUCCGCUUGUUUGCCAAUUAAAUGCUAAGUUCU